AUGAAGGAUUUAACGCUGCUGAGACGGAGCCGUUCUGCUCCCCCAUCUGGCACCAAUCUGAGCAACACUCAUCUGACCCAUCUUGGGAUGCCCCCCGGGACAAGCUCGGUCGAUCACAGGACGUGCUCUCGGGAGCCUUCCCCAGAGCCCUUACCGGACCGAAAGCACUGGGGCAAAAUCUCCAAAGAUUUGCCGUUGGCGCUCUGGUUGAAGACCAACGACAAUGUCCUCUCCUCCAGAAACAGCGUUGCCGCCGCGGCUGCCAUUCCCCGCUCGUUCUCCUUGCCCGCGCUGCCGGGCCCCGAACAGAUGGACCUUACCUCCGACGGAAGAUCCACGGGUGAGCCCCAAGUCGAGGGUGAGUACAUUUUCACCCCAAUGGACGUCGUCUUCCCGGUCCUGCCCCACGCUCCGUGCCCACCAUCUGUGCCCACUCCCGGCGCAAACAGUUUUCUCGGCAGCGGGGCGGGUACCCCCGCUCCUGUCGCCGGCCCGAGCUCGGCCUGUUUCGGGACCCCGCCGUCCAUCCAAAAACGGCCCCGAAAGAAUUCCUAUUCUGCACCUUGCCCUGCCCCCAUCUCUGGUCUGUUUGGUUCUGUCCCACUUGGCUUUUCGCCCGCGCCCUGGCAGCACAAGCCGCCGGCACUGCAGGACCUGCCCAUCCCUCCUGGGGGACUGUCAAAUCGGGCGAGUAGCGACUCGGGGGGAAUGAUGGAAGUUGAAAUGGAGUUGGAUAGGCAGGGUGUUGCGAGGGUUAUUGCGGAGGUAGGGAGAAGAUUGGGGAGGAUACAGUUGGCGUCGAGGGGAGGAGAUGGGGAGGGAGAUAUUGAGAUGGAAGGGAUGGAGGAGGGCGAGGAGGGGGAUCUGAUUGAGGAGUAG